GCGGAAGGUUAUUACACGUUUAAAUAACAAUUCUUGUAAUUCUCGUAGUUAAAAUUGUUUAAUUACUAAAGUCCCUGAUUUCCUAGCUUAAAUUAUAUUUAUCUGUAAGAAUUUAAUUACGUAUAUAGUGCAAUAUAAAUAAUUCAGUGCAUUAGCCAGUCAUCAUUGCAGCACCUCAUUCUUGGAUAGCAGAAAUCACGACACCACAUAAAACAAGAUAAAAACGCUGAUUUUCAAAACCUACGACAUACACAAAAAAUUACGACGAAGAAAAAAUAGACUAAAAAAGUCCGUAAGACUCAAAACUGCGUGUGAUAUUAAUUUAAUUAAAAAGUAUUUAUUCUGACUGCAUUUAGAAUUUAGAAUUCGCUAUUUAAAAAAUCCGCCAUUUAGAACUCGCCAUAGACUAAGGGAACAGAUAAAAAAGAGGCAGGAAAGGAAAAAGGCUGGAUCAAAGGAGGCUGUAUGCGAUAAAAUCGGACAGUAAAAUGAAAGACAGUAUGAAAUCCUGCGAACACACGAUAUCAGAGGAUGUCGUGUACAAAGAAGUUGUUGUUAUCGGCAAUGGCCCCAGCGGCAUGGUGACGUCAUUCAUGCUGGCCGGCAACGUGCCCUACUUGAAGGACAUACCUGAUGACCUGCCCAUUGACGAAAUGCUUAGAGCCAGAUUAUCAAACGUGCCCAAAGGACAGAGUUUGUACGAGACAGACCUCAUUGAACUCGCUGAGGGACUUGAAGGAAGAAGCCAUAACCCCAUACCUCUGCUGAUGGACAAUUUGCUAAGACCCUGCGCAGAUAUGGGAAUACAGGCAGACUCAUUAAUUGAGUGGAAGUUUGACAUAGAGAAACAGAUAUCGCACAUAGUGCUAGGUCGCGGUCCGCCGGGCGGCGCGUGGGCGACGUUCCCGGCGGGAGUGCGCACCCUGUCCCCCGGCGCCUGGCUCGCGCUGCCGCCGCACGCGGGCGCCGGCGCCGCCCGCCUCACUGCGCGGGCGGUAGCUGCCUACUGCCGGCGGUAUGUCGCCGCGUGUAAGCUGCAGAAAUUCUUCCGGUCGGGCGUGACGGUGACGAGCGUGACGCGACUGCCGCAGCCGGCGCCGCGAUGUCACAACACUAACUGCGCACUCAACGCACAGUUCUGCGUCACCGGCUACGACACAGCAUCAGGCUCCCCGCUGCGCUACGUGUGCUCGCGCGUGGUGGUGGCGUGCGGCGGCGGCGACCGCCCCAACGCGCUGGCGCCGCACCUCGCCGCGCAUGCGCUGCACACGCUCUCGCAUCUAGAACGAGCCGUCACGCUGCUUACUACGCACGUACCGACAGCAUCAGUGCUCAUAGUAGGGUCCGGCGUGUCGGCGGCGGACGGCGUGUGGCUGUCGCGGCGAGCGCGCCUGCGCGUGCGCCACGUGCACCGCGCGCCCGCCGACGCGCUGGCCCGGCUCGACCCACUCGCGUACCCGGACUACUGUCAGGUAUACAAGAUGAUGUGUGACGGCCCCGCGGGCAACCACAACAAUUACACGCCAUACCCCGAGCACAGCAUCGUAGACAUCACGCCGGAGCCCAACGACCCGCACAAACUCCACGCCGAUCACGCUGAGGACCUCUGCCUCUCACUCAAGAGGGUCAAGCUCCUCAACGUCAACACCAACCAAAUCACAGAGGUCAAGGUCCACUUAAUCGGAGUCUACAUCGGAUCCAAACCAGACCUCUUCUUCCUACAAACAAACUACCUCGACUGCAUCAACAUCAAAAUCGACUGCACAAAAUGCAUCGACCAAACAAAAAUCUCACAAAGAAAAAUCGAAGAAAAACAAUGUUUCCUCAAAAACCACUGGCAUUUCAUCAAAUCUAUGCUCGGACAAAGCAUUCAAAGCUGCAAAUCCAGAUAUUUAAAUUAUUCAGAAAUUAAUGGCAACACUGACACAAAAUGUGUGUUACCAGACUGUAACAAAAGGCCCAAAGACAAAGACAGUGAAAUCAUAGACAAAUGUCAAAUCAUUCCAUACUCGGAUGAGGAGAAAGUUAAAUGUACUUGUGAUGAAUUGAGUCCUUAUUCUGCAGGUUUAGGUUUUGGUCUUGAUCCUAAGAAACCUGUGGACGGUAGGAAUAAUCCUAUAGCUAUAGAUAAAUCUACGCAUGAGAUCUUGAAUGGUCCGGAAGGCAUGUACGCGCUGGGGCCGCUGACUGCAGACAACUUCAUGCGGUUCAUCCCGGGCGGAGCGUUAGCGCUCGUAUCGCACAUGCAUCAGAACAAAUACUGACUUGCCAUAACCAGUAAUGUGAUUGCAAUACUUAAUUUGUUUUUUUUUACACAAUAAAUUAUUUUUUAUACCCUGUC